GAGGACGAUAUAUGACAAAUUCAAGGGGAAGGAGGGAAAGCGAUUCCAGUUCGGAGGGUUUCAGAGAUGUUCUGGGGGCCGAAAAAUGGUACAUCGGUGGACGGACAGCAACCGGUGAAGAAAGAUAUUUCAAGCUGGGUGUAGUGAGACGACAAACGAGUAGGGAUAGGUUGAGUUUAGAUCGGUUGAGUCUAUGACAGUGGGUAUUUACGAGUUACGAGAUAUGAUCGACGGGUAUGGCGACGAACAAGAAGCAUAGGAUUGGAUUGGGUUGCGGCUCGUUGAGUGCGGCACAGGAUAGCAUGGUUUGGCAGGUAUACUGGGCUCGGUCACUACAUGGGAAUAUGCGUCGAUGCACCAGGCGUUCAGGUCCGUCUUGGCGUUGGUGGUAUAUAUCUUGGGACAAGAACAGGUCGAGGCUACAUAUACA